AUGGCCGAUGCAAAGAGUGAAAUUCAUAAUACUUGGGGAGAAAGAAAGUUCUGUGAUAUUCCUGAUACAUAUAUAAGUUCAGCUAUAAAAAGUAAAGAAAGUAACGAAGACUGUGGAAAACUCUGUGAAUACAUAGAAAGACAUUGUUUAGGCAGAGACUUUGAAUUUACAGGACCGUUUGGAAAACGUAAAGGUUUGUUUUUAAUAUAUACACCUAUCAAUGUUUAAUAAGCCCCCAGGGGAGAGGCCGGGGAUAUAGGUGGGGAUUAGACAUUUUGAAGAAAACUUUGAGCUAAUGCCCCAAUAUGAGUCAACAAAAUGUCAAAAUACAGGCAAAUAUUGAAAUAUUCCCCACCACGGGGACAGCGAAUCGUCAAAUCCCCACAGUAUAAAAUAGAACAUAAGGCAAAAUAAAAAAAAAACGGUCCAAAUUCUGACGAACAAACAAGAAUAUAUAUUUCGAUCGGAGUUAAAAGUCAUUAUGAAUACGUACAAAAUAGCGUGUUUUUGACACACUUUGUGUCCUGUAAAAGGAAAAUGUGCAUGUCCUUGUUAUUGAGUUGUAAAUGGAAUGGUGUAUACACUCGAAAAUGCCAUUUCCGACAAUGUAGAGACUCCAAAUUUCAAAAAUUUUCCGCUCAGCGCCAACCAUGGUGGCGCCUUGUGGAAAUCGGAACAAAUUGAAAGUUCUCUUGCGCCCAUGUUUACAUGCUAUAUGGUUUUGUUUAAUCAUAACAACCUGAUGAUCGCAAAACUCUACUGUAGAUAGAAAUUCGAAACUUUAAUGGACAUUUUUCAUUUGCGCCCAUGAAUCAGCGUUAGUAAACACCAAAUUUUCAAGCUGUAACUCACACCCUGAAUGUCCAAACAUCAUCAAAUUUUAAUUUCAGCAUGCAUGCAGAUCAAUUCUGAGGGCCGCCAUUUUUUUCAAAGAUAUGUAGAAAGUGAGGUGAACAAUAAUGACAUCAACUCAGAUCGAUCAGAGAAUAGAACUAACAGUUGGAAGGUUUUUUUGUAAAGAUGGAAAUUUCAAGUGAAUGCUACAUACAUUUUUAGAUCUAACCUGGCCAGGCCGGAGUAAAGCAAAACUAUUUAUUUGCUAUACUAUUGGAAUAGUAGAUUUUGAAAUUUCUGUUCUAUCUAGAGAUCCACUAUUCCUUUAUGUUUCUUUAUGUUCACAGUUGUAUGCAGGCUAAUGUCUCUGACAUUUGUGUCAUAAGCCUUAAGACCCUUGAACUGAAGAUGAACGAAUAGGCCCAGCAAACACUAAUUUUGUUGUUUUUAGGGCUUUAUUUAUAUGGCAAUAAUCUAUCAAAUGCAGCUUCACCUAUAAUUACACAAUCAAACAACAUGUACACACAACCAUUUCUGUCCAACCCAAAAAUGCACAAACUUCAUGCCCCUAUAGCUGUCUAUGUCUCAACAUGAAAGUAAAACAAAAAACAUGCACCCUUGACCGCUAAUUAACCUAGGAAAGUUUAAUUUUACAAUCAUAUAUAUUCAUUUUAAAAUGGCUUGAAUUUUACGAGCAUACACCUAGACAAAACAUAUGUAUGCAGCAGCCAGCAAAUACGCCGAGCCUCCCACGUUUCAAGGUUGGACAAAAAGGUGACAACAAAAAAAGGCAGUGACAACAACAAAUUUCCAACUUUGCACAUUGAUCUGUUAUGCAUAAUACUGCAGCCAGGUACCAAGCAAACAAAAAUCCACUUUGAAACAAAAAUGUUUCAAUGGUUUAAAAUAUCUUCAAUAAGUUCUGAUACUGUAAGUCACAUGAGUAGAUGUGAAGCUACUAAUACAUACAUGUCAAGGAAUCUGCUGUUUUACAGUACUUCAUCUAAUGAAAUAUCACAAAAUUCAAUACUAUAUUUUUGCAUAUUAUUAAUUAAAAUUAAAAACGUAUCCCUCUAGGUUCAGGCAAAUUUAAUCCAGCUACAUUUUUUCCAAUGGGACAUGAUCGUUUAUUUAUUUUAAUAAAAACAUCUUGAAGUCUGUUCAAAAAUUGAUCUUGGUCCACACAGUUACUAUAGGUAGAUUACUCAAGUUGAUUGCCAGAUCAGAGCAGAAACAAUCUCUGUAAUAUAAAAUUUACACCUACUAGUUAUAAAAAAUGGUCUUGUCAGGAGACCAUUAUGUUGCUAUUCACCGGCAUGCAGUCCUGUAGAAAUGACUGCGCAUUUGGAGCACUGCACCAAAAUCUCAGGGGCCGGUUGUAUAAAACUCUUAAUCACUUUUUUAAUCACUCUAUUUAACUACAAAAUAGUGAUUAACUCUCAAAUAGGCGCUUCUUAUUGGAUGACGUUCCACUUAACUAUAGUUAACUAUAAUCACUUUUUUAUACAACUGGCCCCAGGGCUGUAGGUUUGAUUUCUGCCAGAUUCCUGCAUUUUAUGCAGUUGCUCCUGGAUGGGUUUAAAUGCAUGCAUAUAUACUAGAAAUUUAUGUUUGAAACUUCCAUCUACAAAAACCCAUUUACUGUUGAUUCCAUCAAAUGAUGCUGUGGCCGGUAUCUAUUUUCCACUUAUGAAAUAACACCUUCUAAAGUAAAUAUAAUUUUAUUUUGGUCUAGUUGUCUACUGUGAUUAUGUGGCUUCUGGCAAGUAAGUAACGUUGGAAACAAUUAGUUAAGAGCAUGGAGUUUACACUAGAAGUGAUUUGUUCUACUGUUUGAUAUUUUGUAUUAUUGUUCUUGUCUUUACAAUAAAAUAUAGCAAGACCAGUGGCGGAAAUCUCGGUGGGGUGGGGGGUGACCCCCCCCCUUUACGGAAAAUUGACGAAUUUUCAGAAAUUUUGACCUAAAAGAGGGCUAAAAACAGCCUUUUCGAGUGCAAAUGGGGGGGUUGUUGGAAAUUGUAAGGUUUUGUCGAAAAUUUAGGAGGAUCCCUCCCCCCAGAAAAAGUGAAUUUCCGCCAUUGAGCAAGACAAUAUUAAUAACACCAGAAAGCUGCAGAUUGAAAGAGAUUCCACUACCUGAAAAAUACAAGUUAAAACUUCGGUAUUUUCCCGAUCCAUGCCAAUCCAUGAUCCAUGCCAAUCCAUGAACUAACUUUCCCGAUCCAUGCCAAUCUACAUCUACAUUUUAUUAAGUUGGUAAAAAUCGGACGAUUAUUGCACCAACUAUAACAAUACAAAAUACAAAUUCAAAAAACCUAACUACAACUAUCUCAACCAAUCAAUAAUAAAAUAUUACUUAAUAAAAUUCUUGAGUUCACUCUUGAAAGUAUCUAGAGUUUCUGAUAAAACUAAUUCCUUAGGAAGACUGUUCCACUCAGUUAGCGUUCUAGGAUAGAAAGAAUAUUUAAAAAUGUCCUUCGUAGCUCGAGGUACUCUAUAUUUAAACGUAUGACCAAUCCAUGAACUAACUUCGAUGAAGGGCCUUCGCUCAAAACAUUGAAAUUUUACUUGUAUUUUUUAGGUAGUUGAAUCCCUUUCGAUUUGCAGCUUUCUGCUAUAAAUAACAAUAACUGCAGUGGGAAUUGCAAAGUUGACUUGAGAGCUAGACAAAUGAAUAAGGGGAGUAAGAGGGAUAAGGGUAGUUAGGGGAGUAGCAUCAAGUAUAGGAACUACAUUGCUACAGAUAUUUUGAAAUAAGCUUUUGACAUUUUGCUUCACUACCAUAACUAGAGGGCACUCAGAGACUGCAUACCUCCGCCCAUACAGCCUACAGGGUGUAUAAACGCGAGUGCAUAAAGCAAAAUUUAUGCAUUUAUUAAAUGACACUUAAUAAGUUUUUAUUUUACAAGUACAGUACAACAACAGCAAUAUGAUCUAUUAGCAAUUCGAUUUCAAUUCCCAGGGACCUACAACCAUAGAUAUAGGAGAUCUAGAUUGCUAACGCAUACCUAGCGCAGGGCGGGGCCUACAUGAUAAAUCCAAGAUGGCGGUACAACAGGACAAAAAGACUAUAGAUUCUAUUACGAAAAUCAGGAUUUUUGCAUUUUUUGCCGUCGCAUUGUUUUGAAACUUAUUCGGUCAAACUUUAUGGUAAAGAGAAACUUACCGCGAAGAUUUUGAGCAUAUAUAUGAUUGAAUUGGAUGAAAAAUCGCAAAAUUAUCCAGCGAUAAAAGUUUGUGUGAAAUGGUCAGUUGGUCAGUUGGAGCGUUUUAUUGCCAGAAAUACUGUGCUAUGUUAACAUCUAGCCUUGUGAAUGGUGUUUUAUACUUGCAUCUCUCAUCAUCAUCUGCUCUGUCCUCAUAAUUAUGAAAAAUGAACUGUUAUGUACCCCCCCCCUCCUUGCUUGUUAGAGAAGUAAACUGAUGAGAGCACUGGAUGAGGGUCUAUCAUCUAUGGUCUGUUAUAAUUUGCUUUUUAUGCAAAUAGUGAGCAAAAAUUAAAGCAAAACUGUACAAGUUACAUAUAUUGUACUAUAUCAGUACUAUACACAAACUUUUAUCGAUGGAUAAUUUUGCGAGUUUUCAUCCAAUUCAAUCAUAUAUAUGCUCAAAAUCUUCGCGGUAAGUUUCUCUUUACCAUAAAAUUUGACCGAAUAAGUUUCGAAACAAUGCGACGGCAAAAAAUGCAAAAAUCCUGAUUUUCGUAAUAUAAUUUAUAGUCUUUUUGCCCUGUUGUACCGCCAUCUUGGAUUUAUCAUCUAGGUCCCGCCUGCGCUAGGUAUGCGUUAGCAAUCUAGAUCUCCUAUAUCUAUGCCUACAACCCAAAGGGGCGUUUAAUCACGUAUUUCCCUCAUUUCCUAUGCAUACGCUUUUGUCUUCUAAAUUUCCCUUCUAAAUUUCCACGGAAAAUUUAGUUGAAAACCAAAGAUUUCUUUGUCUUCUAAUUUUCCCCUGCACACUUGAUGCAGACAAAAGCGUACCUCAUUAUCUCUGAUUGGAGAGCUGUACCUCAUCAAAAAUCAUUGGCACAACUAUGGACAGUAUCUGACGACAUCGUCCCGUACGCAUGCGAACAAUCACUUUGCUAGUUUUUAUUCCGCAAUCUUGAACAUUUCAAUUGUGGGAGAAAGUUCGGUUUAUGCGCAUGCCUAGAAAGAAUGAACACGCAGAUUGUCUCUGCGCGUGCGUAUUAUAUGAAAAGUGUGUACGAAUGGCCUAAGCACUUUGCUGAACGCAACGAUGCGUAACUCCGUAAGCCUACAUUGAAUUUCGGUCGCGUGAAGACAAUAGAUCAUGAGGGCUGAAGCUUAAUGAGGUUUAUUAUCUUAUUAUUAUCCAUUGACUAUUGUCUUAAUCGUAUUCGUCGCCACCGAAAUUAAUUCGGCGUAUAAAACGUACCUAAAAUAUUGCCAGCGUGUAUAUAUAACUAUUGACCUAUUAUUAUUAUUAUUAUUACGAAAUUAGAAUAUAUUUGUAAAGCACAUGAUUUUUGAGCAGCCUCCCUUAUAUAAGUGAGAUUACGGCAAUUGUAUACAAUCUAAAAAGAUUAUACCAUUGUUUGUAUACCUUUAUAUACCCUGUAUACUGGUGCAUAAAUUAUCACACGUCCUAAUUACGCAUUCAGUAAGUUUUUUUAAUUGACCGGGAAAAGCAAGACAAAUUUUGUUCAUUUAUCGUUCAAUUUUUAACCAAACUCAACCAAAUUUUAAUCAACUCUUCCUUAGCCGAUGGGAAAUGCAUUAAAAAAAUUACGUAUGAAUAUGUUUGGUAUUUCUUGAGUUAUCGUGCUCACAGACAAACACACAUACACACACACGCACGCACACACACAUAUACACACAUACACACACACAAACCCAGAUGAUUACAUAACCUCCUGGCGGAGGUAAUAACCUACUGCAUGUACACAGUCACACAGUGGCGUUGCCUAAUUGAUAUUCAAAAUAAGAGUUGUGAUGUAUUAAUUGCACAUUAUUUUGUCAAAAAUGUCUAUUUGUGUAUAAUUAUGUAUUAAUUGUUGAGCAUGAAUCUCUACAAAAGUAGAACCGUGUUAAUUGCCGUAUUUCCUAUAUAUAAUGUCUUAAUUACUUGUAUUCAUUGACUUUAUCUCUUUGUGGUAAAUGUUUUAUUUCCCGUAUUUCUCUUGCUCUCAUUAUUCCUUGACUGUAUUUCUUUAUAUAGUUAAUGUUUUAUUCCCUUUUUCCCUGAAUAUAUGUACAGAUUUCUAUGUUAUAACCGGUAUCCGGCCGGGAUAAUCCAGCAGGAUAUUUUUCAGCUAUCCGGUAUCUGGCCUGAAGAAAAAACGCAACUAUUUUAUUACCUUACUUUAUAGAUCUUUGAAGUUUCUUGAAGAUUAUAUUACCAACAAUGUUUUGAGAUGUUAUGGCAACACUCAUACUACAACAUCGGUUACCUCUUUGCAGACAACAUUAUAUCGUCAUGAAGCCAGGUAAAUUUAUAGGAAUCCAUAUGAUUGUAUACCUCAAUACUUCAUGUACAAAUCAUGUAAUGGUAUUUCUAAAUGUUCAUGCAAAUUGGUCAAUGAAAAGUAAAUAUACAUUUGUAAACGGAUCAACCCAUGACAGAUAACAGUGACAUAAACAAUAGAUUUUCAAAAUUAAUUUUAUUGAAAAAAUACUUACAGUAUUAGAGUGAAUUGAAAAAAUACUUUGAUUUACAAUUUAUUGAUUACGUGUACAAUAUUAGUAGUAAAUGUUACAUGCGUGUACACAGAAAGAGGGCAAGCCAUGGUAUUAGAUAAAUAUUAUACAAGUUGGAAUAAUAUUAUUAUUAUUAUUUUUUCAAAUAAAGCUGACUCGACAGAACAGCUUAGAUUUGAUAGCGAGGACACUUUCCCUUCUUGGGUUUAACAGAGUAGUAGUUACAACAUUGAGAAUAUCUUAUGUCGUAAUAGAAGUAACCACAGCAUGCAUGUUUAGCACGCUUGUUGUGUACUUUACCACAGCAGCAGAUUUGCGUUGAAGGGUUGUAGAUUUGGUUGCCACAGUCUGUAGAUAUGAAGUAGUGAUAAGUUAUUAAAAUCAAAACAACUGUAUACACAAGAACGCAACUACAAUUUCAACUUUUUUCAAGUAAAACAUUCUUAUAUGUUCUUAACUUCCAGUAACAAUGUAUUUUUAUUGUAAAACAAAACCGAGUUAUAGGAAAAGUCAGAAAAGUCUGAAUCCAAUUGAGGUCGAUAACAUGAUGCACCAUAAUGAAUUUAUAAAACUUAAAUAUUCAAUUUCGUACUUACAGAAGUAGGGACAGUAGGCGAAUUCAUAAGCACAGGCCCAGUUUCCACCAGUUUUACACGUACUAAAAUAGACAAAUAUUUUGUUCAGUUCACUUCUAAUAUUAAAGAGUUAUUGGAUGAAGUUUUUGUGAUACCAGGGAUUAUGAAGGAUGAGGAAAGUGUUAUCAGUCAAGCCGAAAGCGAGAUUGAUAACACUUACCUAUCAAUGUAUAAUAAUACUGGUUGUUUUAUGUAAGCUAAUUCUUGUGUCAAUUACCCAUGCAUAAACAAAUUCCCAUGACAAGAAAAUCGCCUGGGGUUAGCCAGAGUGAAAUAACAUGGGCACAUGCAGGUUAAAACAUUUAAUAUUUUCCAUGAUCCUACCAUUUCAAGCAGCUACAUCGAACUGCAACUCCAGGUUUGAACCAAACUGCAAUACCAUAAUGACAGACUAGACAUAUAGAUAAAGCAUAAGGUUAUAUUCAAUCCCACUCGAGAUAACUGAUUUCAUUACUGAUACAUUAUUCUGCUGUUUCAUUUGUCGAGAGCAAUGAUCACAGAGUAUAGGCACUCGUAGAUGACGUCAUUUCAGUGACGUGAUAUCUUAAAGCACUCUCAGAAGGUGCAUGAUUGAACCAUCGGCAUGUUUUGUAUAGAUUAUAUAAAUUAAUUUAUUAUACAUAUAGAUAAUAUUUUACCGUUGUCUCUUCAGGUAUAGAUAAGAACAUGGCAGUGGCGUGCUGGCUCCUGUUCGUCAGGGCAGGCGCCCAUCCAAUGUGUCGGGGGCGGAUUUUCGAAACAUCCUUUAAGACAGUUUAAUACGCGCCGCUCUUUCCUUUACUCAUUUGGCAGAAUUUAAGGAGAAAUGACAAUUUUGGUUUCAUUUCAUGCAGUUUCGGCGUCCCCUAAAAGCUUUUGCGCCCCCUAAAAUCCCAUGAGCCCCCUGCCCCUCCCCCCGCCCUGCCAGCACACUACUGGAACAUUGUAAGAACAUCACUAUACUAGCAUAUAUAUAUAUAUAUAUAUAUGUACAUCAGGACUACUCGCCUCGGUGGCUGCAUGGUUGGCCACUUUUUAUCAUCUACUUACAUCCUUUAUGUUUUAUGUGAUCUGGAUCAUUCUGUUCCAGAGCAGUUGACGUUUGUGUGUUCAUGUCUUCCAUAACCAGUUGUGAUUCUUCAUCAUUUGAUGUUUCUUCCUUCUCAGGCUUUUGAAUUUCGUCGUUCUGACUUUCUUCGUAUUCACUGAACUCAUCUAGGGUUAAACGUCGUUAUAGAAAUCACAAAGAAUUUAGGCUGAGACAGUUCUGAUAAAACAGGGAUGGAUUUAGCGGGGGGGCACUCCAGCCAUGGCCAGGGGGGUGCAGGGGGUGCUAUUUUUCAUGAUAAAGCACAAAAUUAUUAGAGACAAAAUGAGAUUCAGUAAUUUGAGUAAUAACAUGAUGAUAAGCGAACUGUGAACAACAAUUACAAUUCAAAUACUGUAGUCAAGCAAGACUUUGCAGUAGUUGAUAGACGGGUAAAGUCACUGGAAACCAACUGCAACGUACUCGUCCGGAAAAAUUUUUUGCCUAAAAAGUUGUCGACGGGGGGGGGAGAGGUCAUUGCUCUCUGAAAAAAAAUUUUCCGGAAAAUUUUUUUAAAUAGGGGUCCCUAAAAAAAUUUGCACCCCCCCCCCAACCAGAUCAUGCUGGAUCCAUCCCUGGAUGAAAACGAAUACCAAGAACCGGCCGAAAAAACCGAAUCAAUCAAUUUUUACUACAGGUUUGAAACUACACAUGCCGGCUUAACGUUAAGGCCCAUUUCCACCCAGGAAAAUUUUCCGCAGGAAGAAAAUUUUGUAAAAUGUGAUUGGCCGACACAAAUUUUCCGUCGGAAAAAAAUUUUGAAGUUGAAGUGAAAUUUUCAACUUUCAAUAAUGAUAUUUUCGGAAAAUUUUCUGUACGUGGAAAUUUUUCUUGAGUGGAAACUCACUCGGGAAUCUAACCUCUUCCAUUAUUUGGUCAGUGCGUGCACAUGCAUGUAUAAUUUGUUUGUGAAACUGAAACCCAAAGCCUGCAAGAUUUUAAUUAAGACAGCGUUGCCGGCACGUGUUCGGUGUGGUUCCAUUUUAUUGAAAUAUAUACCGCGAUUUUUCGGGGACUUUUCCAGUUUUUAUAUGCAAAACAACAUCGCCAUCGGUUAAAUAGUUCGUUUUUUAAAUUAAAUAUAGUCUUUUCUCUUUAUCGUUUAAACGCCUCAUCCUAUACACGAAUCAUUCUCUAUUACAAACUGUCUUUAUAGAUUUGCAUGUUUUUCUACUACAGUAUUUAUGAUAUCAAUAAUUUAACAUGAUAUUUGCAUGAAACAACUCUUUUGUAUAACUAUAUUAUGCUUCUUGACAGUUCUUGUAAGGAUAUUAGAAUCCUGUAUGUAAGAUUAGCACCUCGGUUAUAGCUGUUCAAGAUUAGAUAAAUCAAUGAAAAUUGAAGUUAUUUUCCACUGUUUUUAUAAACCUACCAGAUUUAGCCAUGGCGAGGCCAGCGAAGAGGAGAAAUCCAAUAAUAGCAAUCAGUUUUGAAUUCAUGUUGUCAAUUACUGUCAACUAUCGCGUCUUCUUUUCUUCAACGUUUUGGUCAAGAAUAAUUUCACCCUGUAUUCUCCAUUCUUUUAUAUGCAUGCAUGCAGCGAAAACUCGCCCACAUGAAUAACAUGUCAGUUAAAACCCUUUCACAUGCAACAAAGACUAUAUAGAUAACAUAAAACUCCAACAACUUCAACUGCUUCUUUGUACUCCACUAUAGGCUUAGGGCUAUAUUUCAAAUUUGAAAGUUUUCUUAUUGAACUCUUUCCCGUGUUUCAGGCUACAGCUAAAUUCAAUUAAAUUCUCAAUUUCUAUAUAAGACUAAUUCAAAUUCAAAGUUCUUUCUGACUCUUUAUUCUUUUAUUCCAUUCCAUGUAAUUUUAUGGACAGAAUAAAGACGUUUCAGGAAGUCUAAUUAUUAUUGUUAUACAGUAUAUAGCAUACAGGGUGUCUCAAAAAAACCCAAAAUCAUUGAAAUAACGUAUUGUUCGAAUUUCAAUGCCGUAACACAAAGGAUUUUGACAGGGUGAUUAAUUUGUUUUAAAAAAUUAAAAUAUCUUUGUAAAGUGAACGUUUGUUUGCUCAUGGGAAUUUAAAAAUGCUUCGUAAAUUGUAAUAUGCGUAAUAUGCAUUCGUGGGUUUAGUACUUUAUGCCUGACAUAACAAGUUUACGCUGAGUAUUAAGCCUGCCGCACACGAGAGCUAUCUGCUGAGCAAAAAGUUACUCGUGCCUGUUAGCUCAGCCGAUAGCACACCGUGUGCGGUUACAAUUUACUGAGUUUUUUGCCUCAUGCAACCUUUUCUCAGGUAUCAAACAUGUUUGAUCGGUGAGCUAUCGGCUGAGCUAACAGGCACGAGUAACUUUUGGCUCAGCAGAUAGCUCUCGUGUGCGGCAGGCUUUACCAUUCAUUAUAGCAGUUAUGUCAAUCUUUUAUGCACUCGUGGGAUUAACUUAGUGCUAGGGCAUUGAAUAUCGAACAACACGUCAAUUUCAAUGAUUUUGGGUUUUUUUGAGACACCCUGUACAGUACUUGUAAAAUAAAAACUUAUUAAGUGUCAUUAAAUAAAUGCAUAAAAUUUGCUUUAUCACUCGCGUGUGCAGUAAUUUUGACAGUUGUGCUAUUUUAAAUUCCCAGGCACCUAGAAUCUUUUGUCCUUAAAACAAUGUCGAUUUCUUGGGGAAUUCCGAGGUUGCGUUUUUUUAAUACACCCUGUAGUGUUGAAACUACAGUAUAAACGUGCAUGAUUGAAUUCAAAUCUAUCCCGCCCGGCAAACAAGUGAAAAAUUGUUGCUCGCUCCGACUGCAGGCUACGUACAUAAAUUAUCAAAAUGGAGUCAAAGUUUAAAGAGAAAGUUUUUCCAGUUUACGAAAAGAAUACAUCUUACAGAGACGAAAAAUACUCAACAGGCAACAGGAAAUACCGGUGAAACACUGUUAUGGUUCUUUGUGUUAAAAUCAUUUACAGUAUUAAAGAGUUUCAUUCAUGAAAUAUAAUUGUUUUAUAAAUGUUCACUGUUGUUUGUCUUUUCUUCUUUUCUUCAUCGCUAUAUAUAACAACCAGUUAAUUUUAAUGCCUGUUCCCACAAAUAGUUUGUUUUGUUGUUCCUCGAAUCUCAAUGUUUCCCUCGACUUUGUCUCUGGAAACAUUCAAACUCUUAGAAAACAAUUAUUUCCCUUGCCCUUUGGGAAUAUAGACAUAUAAUGCAAUGACACAAUUACAUGCCUGAAACUGAAAGAGAUAAAGAAAACUUAGCGAUAUUUCGAGCGGGGGCAUUCGUUUGGAUCAUGCAAGCCCUUUAUCUGAAAGCCGUUUUGUCUUUGCUCAAAAUGUGGAAGUUUUCUUUGACUUUGUCUCUUUUGAGCAUGAGGUAGUUGCGAGCAAAACGGAGUCAUGUUUAUUAUUGAUUAUUAUUGAAUAUAAUAUAUACCUGCAUGCAGGGUUAUAUGCUGGGCUCGCACGCUUGAAUAUACGGAGUGUCCCGAAAAAGAUGCAAAAGUUAUGACUUUUGUUCCAAAUUUUUACACAGAUAAUUUGAUACUUUUAAUUUAUUAUUCAAAGAUAAGCCCAUCAUUUUUGGCCAGCAUAAUUUUAAUAGCAUGUUUCGUGCACGAAUAUAUGAAAUUUCUCUUUGGCAUCAAUCACAACCCUUUCCCGGCCGAAGUGUAUAUAUUAUGUAUAAUCAAUAUUUAUAAUUUUAGCAAUGUUUACCAUACAUCUGCUUCCAAAUGAAAAUGAUUUUUCUCUAAUAUUAAUUAGAACAAUCAUCCGAAAUGCGGUGAAUGCGAGUGAACACGACGCUGUGAUAUUUGCUGGAUCAGGAUCUACCGCAGCUGUUCAUAAACUUAUACACGCUCUCAGAUUGAAAACACCACCUGUACGUAUUUUUGCUCUCAUGUUAGCAUUUUGGAAUAAAAGAUUCAUGAAACGUUUGGGUUUUUUAUUUCUUUACUGUAUUAAGUUUUGCCAAAUAUAUACGUAAUUACACUAUAUUACACAUACUUAAUAUUUACAUAACAAUACGCACAAAUGGCAGGGUACACGCUACAGUUUUUGCCAGUUAACAACCCUUAAUUUUAUAGUGCGAUCAUGCACACGGGGAAAGCUGGAGAAGCGUGUAAAACACUCGGCUAUGCCUGGUGUUUACACGCUUUUCUCGUAUUCUCACAACAUUCCCCCUCGUGCUUUAUCACACCAUAAACGCACGUGACUCGUUUUCUAUUUCUUAAAUAGAUCGUGUUUGUUGGCCCAUUUGAACAUCAUUCGAACAUUUUACCAUGGAAAGAAAUUGGAAGCAAGGUAAGGCUGUGGUCAUUAAAAAUGGAAAGGGGGGGAUAGGAGGAAUUUGACUAAAGUUGAGUUGUUUUUUUUUAUAUCCCCCCUCAAAUUUGUGGAAAAAUAGUUAUCCCGCCUUGCCUGGGUGGCAAAAAUUGGUAACCCCUAUUGCCUCAAAUGCAGUAAUUAAAAGGUAUACAAAAUAUCAACAGCAAGUAAAAUGCAACAUUUAACAUAUAAUGCUUACAAACAUGGUGACUGAUUUGUUGCUACAAAAUCCGCAGUUUCAUAGCAAAAUAAAUUGAAUACAUAGAAUAAUCCAAGUUUCAACACAAACCUCUAUACUCUGUUCUGUUUUACACUUUAUUUCUUAAUAUUAAAGGUAACCUGGAAGGUUUAGGAAUUCAACAAACUUAAUAUUGUAACAAAUUUAUUGUAACCAUUCUGCUCCAAAGUGAUCGAUUCUGCCACGAUGUGACUCUUCUUUCAGUCCUUGUCGUACGUGCGUCACAAAACCCUUCUGUUGUAGUAUUCAUAGAAAUAUUAUCUUCCUCCAAAUCCGAUUCUCCAAAUUCCGCUAGAAUAACAUCACUAUCACUGUCUUGAUCUUCACCUUCUGAAUUUUCUUUGCUGUCUGAGGAUUCCUCACAAGUAUCUACUUCUGUAGCUACAGAUAAUCCUUCAGGAAAGGGGACUUCAUAUCAUGCAGAGCAAAUAAGUUGUGACAGAUGAGGGGGAAUUGAACUGUGCUGAACUCUAUAAAUUUAAGCCAAAAUUUCAUUUAAAGGCAUUACAAUCACUCAUUGCAUUAGGCUUGUUUGGUGGUGAGGUGUUGGAACAUGUUGUUUGCACCGAAGCAAGAUUGUCGAAAGCCUUAUAAAUUUGCAUAUUAAAGACAGUAAAGUCCUGUUUAUAAUAAUUCAUUUUGAGUUUAUAUAGUUAAAGUUGAUUUGAUACACAUUGUUAUCUUAAUAAUUGUGUGCUCUGUAGUAUGCAAUGCUUUUGUGACUCAGUUGUAUAAAGUCUACAAUGUUCUUUUAUCAUUGUUGUUGUGUUUUAGAGUAAAGUUGCCUAUGUUUUAUUACCACAAGUAUUGUUUGGUUGUUUACUUCAAAAUUUGAUCUCACAAUUUUAAUACCCCCCCCUUGUCUUAUCUCUAAUAUUUAGUAUCCCCCCUUUUGAUGCUGUAAAAAUUUUAUAUCCCCCCCCCCCGAUUUUCCUCCUACCCACCCCUUAACAUUUUUAAUGACCGCAGCCUAAUGGUACAAAAUCCACUGGGGAGCUGCAUUAAUAUUCUACCAAAACUUGCUGUAAUGCUUUAUAGAGGGUCUAAAAAAUCAAAGGAUAAUUCCAGUCGGAUAGUAUAGUUAAAUAUACCCUGCACAUCAAUGUUGGUGAAAAUUGACAGUGCAGCAUGGUAGCUAUAUAAUUUUGUUACUAUAAAAGAAGAUUUUAUUGUGUAUAAAAACGUUUGGCAGAGUGCUCAAUGGAUAUUCAAACCUAUGAUUAAAUAAAUUCAAGUACAACGACUCAAUAAAUUCCACUAGGCAUGUUUAGUACUAUUUAAUUUCGUACCACAAGAUGUGGCACUCAUCAGAUAAAUUACAUUAUUAUUUUUAUUUAUUGAAAAUAAUUCUAGAGUUUUGAUUGGCUAAGAGCUGUCGGUUAAAUCGUCAUAUCCGUUCGGUAGCUGCCCAAAUUUGGAGUUAUGACAUCACCGUGGAAUUUUGAAAAUAAAUAUACCACGUUUGACGUAAUAUCGUGGUAUAUUGAAAAACAAUGUAACACGCUAUGACGUCACGCUAAUUUAUGCGGCUUAUGCCAAAAGCGGGAAAAUACAAAUGGCUUCCUCAAAGGAAAGGUUCGCCGACCUUGGGAAGCUGAAAUUAAAAAAUUGCUCGAAGAAAAAGACUCAAAAAACGCAAAAAAAGCUACAAAAGGAAGAAAACUGAUCUUUGGGGAGUAUCUACGAGAAAAGAAACUUGGCCAUCCACAAAAUAGCGAAGAACUUGCUUCGGUUCUCAAGAGCUUUUAUUUCUUUUUGAGUCCGAAAUGUUUACAAAUAAAUAAUAAAACAAUUAUUGAAUUCGGUUCUCGCAGGAUAUGAGGGAUUAUUUAGGCCUUGAUUUAUGUUAUCUGUCUGAGCCUUUGGCUUCGGCAGAUAACACAAAAGUCGGUCUUAAUAAUUCCUCAUAUCCUACUCGAUCUCAUUCAGUAAUUGUUUAUUAAUGAUACCUAAUUAUAUAGUUGACUAAUUUAUUUGAAGAGUGCUAUACAUCUUGUGGUACGAAACUAAAUAGUAAUAAAGAUGUCUAUAUAUAGUGGCAUUUAUUGAGUCGUUGUACUCGAAUUUAUUUAAUUCUAUUACUGUACAGAUUGUGUGGGUACGUGAAGCAGAAGACGGGAAUGUUGAUGUUGACCACCUUGAGGAUAUGUUAAAGGUAAUCUUAGGAAAUGUUUGAUUAAACGAACUGAGCAUUUUUACUGCUUUCAUGAAAACCACAAACAUACAGGUAGCUUGAAUGGUUCAAAUCCGAAAAAAUUAAAAUAGAGCAUAAAAUAUAGAGCGUGUAUAUAGUGAAUCUAAAAUUCGGACUGCACGGCAUUUCAAGAAAUCCAAGCAGUUUGACGGAAUUUCAAGUCAUACCCAUAAAUCAUUCAUUUUGAUCCAUUGCUAGGACUGGAAUACUGGAUCCAUGUACUUCUGCGGCUUUCCAGUACCAUCAUAUGAACUAAAUAAAGCAAUAUGAUUGGCUUAUUGGCCUCAUGAAUUAUUGAUUGAGUUUGAGAUGCUUGACAUAUACGGUACUAUACUCAAUUUGGGACAAUUAUUGAUACAUUAUUAUAAUUCUUAUAACUAAUUAACAAGUCUUUGAUAAUAAAUGAAGCCUAUAGGCUAUAAUCAAACUUGUGGUCUUGGUUAUAACCUGCGAUGAUGCUCUAUGUUACUUUACGUCUCUGUAUGUCUCUACUCUGUGAUUAAACGGCACAUCAACCACGUCAUUUCAAUUAACGCGCGCGCAUCCAAGACAAGAGAAAUUAAUUUUGCACAUUAAAGAGAGCACGCCACGUACUAUCUAGUGGCUUUCCCUCCUGAUCUAUAGUAUUGUGCUUCUCGAUUUCAAUUGACUCUCUCAUUUUGCGAGAGAACUUAUAUUAUUUUAUAGUUUAGUUAAUUUAAUACCACACUUGCCUUUCAAACUGAGAGAUCUGGGUUCAAUCCUUAGUCGGACCUCUACUCAAGGUCUUAAAAUAAUUGAGGAGAAAGUACCGUUACAUUGACAUCGGUAAAUGGUUAGACUCUCGCGUCUUCUCGGAUAAGGACGUUAAAGUGGCAGGUAUCUCGGAUCCCCUAUCAAUUGAGCAGCAGCUUGUUGGGAAAUCCGCUCAACAAUGAGUGAGAAACUCGAUAAACUAAUAUUCUGGGGUUUUUUAUUUCAGUUACAUUCAAAUGGUGAAGAAGAGUUAAUUGGUUGUUUCUGUGCUGCCUCCAAUAUCACUGGUAUUCUUACAGAUACAAACAAAGUGUCCGCCUGUUUGCAUCGUUACGACGCUCUGGCCGUCUGGGAUUAUGCAACUGCAGGUAGCUACAACUUUCAGAUAUUUAUUUCCAACUAGAUUCAUAUCAAUAACAUUUUAUUCAUUUUUACAAAUCCAGUAUGAGUAAAGACGUCCUCGUAACUGCUCUUUGUGACGUCAUUAUAAAUUAGUAUACUAUACAAGAUCAAUAUUGUAACACAGGGAAAAAUUAAUCAAUUGCGUACUCUUUUCAUUUAUUCAGUAGCAAUGUUUUAUAAGCUUGCCAGGUGAUCUUGAUACGCGGAAAAGUACUGGCACUAGUUGUCAAAUAGAAAUCCAUUUUAUGAUUAAAACAACUGAAUAUCUCCUGUAAUAUACUUUAUUUCGAUUCCAUAUUUUUGUCAGAGCUAUAGUUCUCAUAACCAAACAUAAUUACAAAAUUUCAACUAGUUUCAUAAAGAAUAAUGAAAGAUAUAAUUGAUUGAAUACACCAAAAUGGAUUUCUAUUCGGACAACCCUUUCUGAGCGCUGAUUGGCUAAAAUGCGAACACGAGAUCACCUGGUGCAUGCAUGAGAAAAAUAUUAAUUUCUAGUGAUUAGCCUAUCUUGAAAGUCUUUGGUAACUUAAUAUGAACAAGUUUUCUUUGGUAGGGAUGCAACUAUACCUGAUGAAAAAUGUAAGUAGUUGCAUUUCUACCAACGAAAGCUUGUUCAUAUUAUUGGCACUACUUAUACACUGGGACAGACAGUUCAACUUAAUGUACGUUAUAAUUAUUUAGGACCGUAUACCGAAAUUAAUAUGAAUCCAGUCGUGACUAGGUAAUCCUUUUAUUUUAAUAUCUAUAUUUGGGUAUAAUAUCUACGAAUCAGUGUCUUAAAUAUCAUCUAUUCGGAUGUCCAAAUUUCGCUGAAAAUUUCCUUCAAAAUCUUUACUAUGUUCAAAAUCCCUUACUAUGGAAAUAGUAGAGAUCUUAAUAUCCAUAUUAAUUGACAUUUCCAUAAUGUGGAUAUGGUAUGGAAAUAGGAUAAUUAUACCAUGGAAUUAUAGUGAUACAAAAAUUAUAUGUAUAUAGAAUAUGGAUUUCACUCCUUUCCAGUGUUUACGAUUUGGAUUUUUUAAGUCGCUUUUCCACUAGGCGAAUUUCUUCGCGCGAAGCGGAGACAAAUUUCGUUAAAAACAUGUUACACAAGGCAAUUUUUGCUGCAGCUUACGGCACAAAUUCUGAUAUAGAGCAAUGUUAUCUAAAAAUCUGUCGCAAGAAAAUUCUGCAUGAGCAUGGCCCACGGUUUAUUCUGCCUAAAUUUUUCAUCAUAUUUAUUCCGUUUUUGUACAAGGUAUAUUUAUGAGAAAGUUUCUUUGGGGAUUACGCGACGCCCCCCUUUUCAUAUGGUUAUCAUAGGCGUACGAGACAAGGGGGGGGACUGCCAUGGAAAUUCGGGCAAAUGUCAGGAAAAAUCAAGAACAUUCGGGCAGAUUUACCAGAAUAUGUGUUAAAAUCCGGUUAUUUCAUUGCAAUCCUCCGUAAAAAUUUGGACAAACUUUCAACUGCCCCCCCCCCCCGGAAAGCAUCAGCCCCGUACGCCUAUGAUGAUUGUUCUUGGUGGUUGACAGCAAUUACGGAAAUUAUGUAUUGUAGUGGUUAAGAACUUUCUCUGAGGGUUUAUUAUAGUAAGUUCAGAAAAUUAAUUGGAAUACUGAAUUUUACUGUAUAUUUAAAAAAUGUGACGGAAUUGCAAACGAUUCUCCGAGAAUUUAUUGACCUUGGCCUAUUGGUGAAAACUUACUGCAUGUAUUAUUUCUAUUUUAUCUGAUUAGUAAAGAUCAAAGUCUCGUGUACAAAGAUGCUGUUUUUCUCUCACCGCAUAAAUUUGUUGGUGGAGUGGGUACUCCAGGUUUGUGUAACUCAACGAGUAUAUGUUAUGUAUUUAUGGUGUAGAAUUAGGAAAACGGUCGUCAAUCUGACCGUGACAGUGAGAAUCUUUCUCCGGGCCGGUAUAAUACCACAUUCAGCUACUGUGUAUAACGAAAUGAUUUUAGAUAAAAAUUUUAGAUAGUGCUUUUCUUUGAAACUUCAUGAUCUUGAAAUAUUUGAUUGCAUUCAGGCAUACUUAUAGCAAAGAAGAAGCUGUUCCAGAAUACUGUACCAUCAGGUUGUGGUGGUGGAUCUGUGUUCUUUGUAAGUAAUAAAUCAUAUAAGCCAAACCAGAGACAAAGUGUAUGAUUAUAACUGGCAAUUGACAUGUCCUAUUUAACAAAUCUCAAUAGGUUUCUUGUAGGAUAUCAUGGUGAUAAAUGUAAUUGAUCAUAUGGUUUUGAUAACCAACGGCUUUGGUAUAAAUUUACUAGCUGAAAGUGUAUACAACAGAUGUUAAAUGUAACAUCUCAAAUAGGUGACGCACAAUUCUCAUCGCUACUUGAAAGAAGUUGAAAUGCGGGAAGAAGGCGGGACACCAGCCAUUGUAGAGUCUAUCCGUGCAGGAUUAGUUUUUCAGUUAAAGGAGGUACGUCUGGGGCCGGCUGUACAAACGUCGGCCCUAUCUACCGGAUAGUUUCAAGCUUUCUUAAGUUAGCCGUUGACACGUAUAACCCACAUUAAACUUUAGUAUAUAAAAAUUAAAGUUUCCUUUUAUUAAUGACAACGGUUGAAAAAAUCACUUUCCUGCCUUCGUACAACCGACCCCUGAUCUACUGCAAUUAUGUUCAUAUUUUCUGUUAUGAACAAGUUAUGAACUCUUUUAAAUACUCUAUGGGUAUAUAUUUAUAUUUUAUAUAUUUAUAUUUUACAAGAACGGCAAUUACUUACACCACCAUUGUUGGUAUGAUUGGUUUAAUCUUUGCUAUAUAGAAUUGACCAACACCUCGGGCCCUUUUCACCAACGGCCGAAUAAUUCCAAAGAAUCGCAGGCUCAGACAACGAUAUUGAAAACUGACCUGCACGCAGGCUCAAAUGCUUACUUCAAUUACAUAUAGCCUGUAUCUACCUUCCUCAAAAGUGUAACUGCUAAAACAUCCCAGAACACUUGUUCCAAAUAGAUCUUGAGUCCGGAUCGGAAAAGUAUUGGACUGAAAACUGUACACGUGAAAACAUAUUUGAAAUUAGCUUGGCUAGAAUUAAUAUAAUAGGAUUUAUGUCGUUCGUUGUUAAUUUGCUAAAUAUAACGGUUAUGCGGUAAAGAAUAUGAACCGCAUUGAUGCAUGUGUAUGUCAUUGAAUUUUCAUGAAUCGCUUAAGCAAACGACGUUUUUGUCAACACGGACGUCAGAUUGCCGAGGGGGGACUGGGUUAAAAACUGUGUUUGUAUCAGUUUGUGGUAAUCUUCAACACAUCUGACAAAACAUAAGAUUUUUUAUAGUUUUUUGCUUCCUUACACGAGCGCUUUGAUGCAAAAUGCCUCCAAUAUUAGUUAUACUAAUUUUCGGGUGACGUCCGUGUUGACUGUUCAUCUAUUACCUGAACCGACCGAACUUGUCCUACUUUGAUCGAAAGAGAAAACUAAAAUAAACGUAUCUAUUUUUUGUUCAUUACUGAUGCUGUGGAGGUAUUUGCCCGACUAGAGCUAAAUAAGUUCGUAAUUUUGUGUUUUACACCAGGCUGUUGGUCAUGAGAAUAUUAUGAAAAUAGAAGAAGAAUUUCAAAAGUAAGGAUUUUCUGUACUAUACACAUUGAGACAUUUGAUUUUACAUGUUAUUAAUUCGCAUAAUCUAUGAAGUUAUUAGCUUAGCGCAAAGCUAAAUUUAAGGAAGAAACCUACUGCACAUACCCAAAUGAGAUCGCUUCGCCGGCGCGGGCAAAGUGGCCGUAAUGGAGCCUUAAAGGUGUCCGUGCUGGUGGAGAAUUUAUAUCCAACAUGAGUGGAUAACAACACAAGUGUCAGAUGCGUUAGCGCGCUGACCUAAACCUCUAAGGUAAACGUGAUACUGCAGAUCGAGGGAAGGAUUUCUUUAUAAGUUGGCUAACUUCCCUGUACUUGAUAAACUCAUGUAAGUACAGUAGAGUUUGAUUGGUUUCCUCCUGUGUUUCCAAGGUUUUUUUCCGAGUCCUCCGGUUUUUCUCCCUCCCCAUACCUUGUUUUGUCAAUUUGUAUAACCUGUUAAGGCUUCCUGUCCACCUCAGAAUGAUAAACACAUUAAACUAAACCAAUGCGUUGACUGCUAUAUAGUGCUUAUUAAUAACAUUGUAUUUCAUUUUAGACUGGCCAGUGAUGUAUUCUCGAGAAGCAAGAAUUUAAUAGUCCUUGGGAAUUUGAAAACGUCACGUCUUCCUGUUUUCUCAUUUUUAAUACGACAUCGAGAUAGUGGUUUGUUUCUACAUCACAAUUUUGUAUCAUCGUUAUUAAAUGAUCUUUUUGGCAUUCAGUCUCGUGGAGGAUGUGCCUGUGCUGGACCUUAUGCUCAGGUAAUGAAUUUAUCAGCUAUAGCGUAAAUUAGAUAAUUGAAUAUAGUCGUCAGUUUGUAAAUUACUAUAUACUAAAUUUUGCUGAAUAGCUCUGUCAAUACUGUAAACUGUUCCCCCAAGAAGUCAACAUGGCAUCCCUAAACAAAUCCGUGUUAUUGCUGGAGGAGACCAGAAUACCCGAAAGAACCUGAGGUGUUUCGUAUAGAGUCAUUGAAACUGAAAGUAAUAUUCUCACAUGUGUCAGAGGCACAAGCCAGUCAAUCUAUACAGUACUGCCAUGUAAGCAUCGGGUAUGUACUGUACGUCUUAUUUAGCCACUUUUAUGCUUUGUACCAUUAUUAGCCGUAUCAUUUCACCUGUAUGUCGCCUAUUGUAGGAUCUUCUUGGUAUUGAUGAGAAAUUAGCGAACGAGAUUGAAUCUGCACUUCUGGAGGACAGGUAUAACAUUUUGUGUAGCAUGGUGUAAGGUAGAAUGUCUAGAUACCGUUAGUCAUCAUAAAAAUUGAUCCUCGACUCGGCAAAUUUGUGUUACUCUUUGUUUAGUCGUUUGGAUAGAGUUCAUUUGCGAAGGUACCGCGAAUAUUCUGAACGAGAGUUGAUUAGGUAACUAUUUUAUUAACUACAGUAUAUACCGAGGGCAGUAAUCUAUAUUCCAGAAAGUGAGGGAUAAAGCCGGCCAAAUCAAUAUGAGAAUCAGUGGCGGAAAUCUCGGUGGGGCGGGGGGGGCGACCGCCCCCCCCCCCACCUUCACGGAAAAUUGACGAAUUUUCGGAAAUUUUGAUCUAAAGAAGGCUAAUAGUUGGGUUCGUCGGAAAUUUGAAAGUUUUGUCGGAAAUUUAGGAGGCUUUGCCCCCCCACCAGAAAAAGUGAAUUUCCGCCACUGAUAGUGAUGAGAAUUGUCCUCCCGUGUACAAAAUAGUGGCGAGAAUCAGCCCCUCUAACUUUAUAUAGCCCUUGCUACAUAACUGACUAAUUGACAAAUAUACCCGGAAUAUUAACAUCUUGUAAACUCAAGAUUAUUUAAUACCUUGAAUGUUGUUAUGUUGUUUAAAUAGCUCGAAUCUUGAGUUUACAUGAUGUUAAUAUUCAGAGUGUGUCAGAUUUCGCGAAAUUGUCUGCUGGAUUUUUAAAUUCGGGUUCACUUAAUAAAAACUUUGUUUUGUAUUACGUGUAUUUCAUUUUUCAACAGUCGUAGACCUGUUUCAAACGUUGCGCUUCUCGUGUGCCGAACGCAUUGGCAACAAUAGAUAAUGAGGCAUUUCAGCUGAUUAUCUAUUGUUUUUAAUGCGUUCAGCACAUGAGAAGCGCGACAUUUGAAACAGGCCUUACUUGGCAAGUUACAGUGGGCAAAUUUCCCUCACUUUAAUUAUAAUAUACAUUUUAUUUUAUCAGUUUUAUUUUACUGACAGACCAGGUUUUACCAGAAUAAAUCUUCCAUACUUUAUGAAGAAAGAAGAAGCUGUAUUUAUCCUAGAAAGUAUUGUAAUGAUUGCAGAACAUGGUUGGAAACUUCUGCCGAAGGUACUUUACAUGACGUAAAAUAUACGUUUUGCUUUUGUUUGAAACCCAUUUAGUUGAAAUAAAGUAAAAUGAGACACAUUCAUUUACUCUAUGCACAACAACUGCAGUCAUUUGCUUGUACAUUCAAGAAAAGCCUGAUUCGUUCCUGAGAAAUUAGCAAAAGUUUGAAUGCGUUAAUUACGCAUAUAUGUAUGUAGUAUAUACAGCAUGACACAUAACUUAAUGCGCUGAUGGAGUUAUGCAGUCUCCAAGUGAUCAAGUGCAUUCAUGCACAUUGGCGUACGAGAAAACCAUGGAAAUUCGGGCAAAUGUUGGGAAAAAUCAAGAAAAUUCGGGCAGAUUUAUCAGAAAAUAGGUUAAAUUCAGGUAAUUUCAUUACAAUCCUCCAACAAAAUUCGGGCAAACUUUCAACUGCCCCCUGGAAAGCAUCAGCCCCGUACGCCUAUGUUCAUGCAUUGUCCUCACUGUGGUUAUUGUUUAAAUUUACCAUCAUUAAGAUUUCAUGCACUUCUUUUAAGUACAUGUUCAACCCUGAAACUGGCGAGUGGCGGCAUCAGCAACAUCAGGUAAGCUAAAUAAUAGUCACCUUACACUAUAGUCAUAUACAUGUAGUAUAUUAUUCGUACCAGAUAUGUUAGAUGGGUUUUUUUGUGAAUUCUAGCGCAAAUUUAUAUAAUAUUUUUGACAUUACCUAUAGAGCAGCUGCGAAAAAUGCAACUGCAACCCCAUAAUUUGCAUAACAACCGCUGCUAAUUAGCAUUUCAAUGCAUGUGAAACUUAUUAUGCUCCUGGGAUUUGAAAUGCAUAGACUAAGUUUCAUUCGAAGAUUGAUCACCAAUACAAAACCUGAAAUUUACUGACAUGAAGUAGAGUUGUUGUGGUUGGUUCUUUCCUGUGCUUCGAGGGUUGUCCUCCUGUUUUCCUCCUUCGCCAAAGAACUAACCCUUUGACUUGGUUGUGUAGCAUUUGUAUCGUGACCCUCUGGGUUAUCAUUACUCAACUAUUUUAUUUCAACAGAUCUUUAAAGAUCGUAAAUGGCUAGGUUCGAUUUCAUAUUCAUCAGGAGAGAUGAAGUAUCCUGACAACGUUAGUACUUCAAAUGAAAAUGAAACGAAAGUACUAAACUAUCAGGUGUGUCAUUAAUUCGAACUCUUGCUUGUCUUCAGCCGUGUAUACAUGUAUGCACAUGUUAGAACGUAUGAGGUUACGGCUUUUGGGAAAAUCUUUUGAAUUUUCAAACGGGAAUCGAACCCAAGGUGUAUUAGUUUAAGAAAAAAUCUUCAGGAGAGAUUCUCAAAGAUAUCUGUUAUGGAACAGAUAGGAGGAUUAAACAAAAUCUCCAAUUUUGUGUGCAUGCAUGCACUAGCUAGUCCAAAGAAUCUUGCGCUGCACUCAGUGUUGCUCAUAUUCAUACCCGAGAAUAUCGUUGCAGUGCAUCCGAGGCAGCUUGUUGACAAAGCUAGACAUAUCACAACCAUUUUUCUCUGUCAGUGAGUGAAUUUCUAUAUCAUCAUUUUGACUUUACUGAUAUUUUGCAGGAAUGUUUGGCUACUGCAAUGGAAAUUUUUAACGAGGCCGCUGUUGUUAAGGUUUGUUGUACCAAUAUUUUGUACCAGUCUUUUAAAAACAAUUCGGGCUUCAUUCUACACUACUAUACAUACACAUAUACAAUUAUAUUAACUAUCAAUGUUUGUCACAGGGUAAAAACAAACCAAACGAUCAGUCGUUAUUGCUCGGAGACGCCGAAAGGUUACGAUGGUUUUUGUUACCCAGUGAAGCGCACGUAUUCCUUCGUAGGGAAAAACGUGAUGGCUAUCCAAGAGUACCUCCAUUUACCCCUCUACGUCGCUGCUAUUACGGAGAAAUGAAAGAUGAAGUAACAGAACAUAAUGACGAAGGAGAAAAUAGCGAAUGUGAACAAAAGAAUUGCUCAGGCUUUACAGAUGAGAUUGAAAUGUGUGAAGAAAAACGUGUCAAAGAGAAGUCUGAGUCAGAGGAAUGUAACGAAACAAUAGAUAAUGAUAUCCGUAAUUCAGAGGUGGAUAAAAACAGUCGUGAAGGAUCUCUAGAACUUGAAAAUAAUGUAGUUAUGAAGUGUUCAACUGAAGACUGCCGUAGUAUUAAACAAAAUCAACACGUCAAGUUUCAUAAUCCUCCACGUCAUGUCUUCAAUCUCACAGUUAAGGUCUGUUGAUAAACUAUCUGUAGAUUCAAGAAUAUAUUUGUUUCAAUCUGCGAUUAGGUUGUAAGCUCUUAUUGCGAUAUUCACUUUUUUCUCCACAUUGAAAACAAAAGAUAUGUUUUAUUAACUGCAGUCAGUCAAAGAAAAUUGUAAGUUCUUGUAAUAACAUCUGCUGUAGCAGUUGUCAGCCUGUACUGUAUGUGAGUACAACGCAAUCGACCAACUAUGAAUAAGAAGCCGAUUUUGAAUGACCUAAUUUACAUAUUUUGUAGUUUGAAAAAGCCAUAUUUUGAGAAUGGUUUGAAAAUUUGAAACUUUACCUGGAGGAAGUUUGAACACUUUUUGCAACUCCGGAAGAGUAAAAAGAAGGGUUAUUAUUAACAUGUACUUUUUUUUUGCCAGGCAAUUGAAGAGUUUCAAAUGAUCGAGGAUGGCGACCGUGUUCUCGUGUGCGUUUCUGGUGGGAAAGAUUCUCUCUCAAUGUUACAUACGCUACACCAGUAUCAGUUUUAUGCCAAGACUAAGGUACAGUAAUGAUACAAUAAUAUACAAACGGAAAUAUCCAUAUAUAUCCGUGAUUAGACGAUUCCCUCUCGAUGUUACAUCUACACUGCAUCAAUUAAGACUAUAUAUAUAUGAUAAUAAUGACAUACAAAUCAAACAUCAUUAAGUCAUAUUAAAGAGUCUCAUUAUACGCUAUAUCAUAUCAUGAAUUUUACAGGGACCGCGGAGACGGGGGGGCUGGGGGGGCUUUAGCCCCCCCACUUUUUUUGACAGCCAAAAUUAUUAAAAUAGAAAUCUAAAUGAAACUUUCUAAAUUAAUUAAACCUCACCCUUUAGCCCCCCCACUCUCUAAUACGCUCCGUGGGCCCUGCUUUACACUAAGCUAUGGCACAAUAAUGAGACAUGAUUGUGUAAGGGGGGUUAGGACCCCCCCCUCCCAAUUUUUCGGACACUAAAAUUUUAAGUCAAAUUUCGGUUACAUUACCGUUAUUCGUAAAAACAUUUCUCCAAAUUUUUGCUAUUACUAUUAUUUCUUACUCAAUGUCAAUCACGUAUUGUAGUUCUUUUCCUUCCUAUCCAAUUCAGGUUUUGCCGACAACGAAUACAAUUUGCCGACAAAUCCGUCGUUUUUGCCGAUAAUUUGUUUUCAGGGGGGUAUCACUCCUCACCCUAGCCACAGAUUAAGUAUAUACUUAAUCUAUGCCCUAGCGACGGCCCUGCAUGGCAUCGAAAUGAAAUGAGAGUUCAAAGUCGAAAUUACCCAUCGCAGUUGUCUAUCAAUGUUACGUAUACGCUAUAUGAACAUCCGUUUAGGCAAAAAGAGUUGGAUAGAGUAAUGAAACAACAGUAAUGCAUGACAUUAGUUAGGUUCGAGAUUACCUACAUCUUUCUAGUUUAUGGACAAAUGCAAGUAUCUGUCUACUUGCAUUUUUGCUCCUACUAUAUGGAGCAGCAGACUUUCCAAGGUAUUCAAAACCGUAAUGAAAUAGCUUGAAAUGUGAUUUGACUAAGUCAAUAAGUUGGUACUUAUUUGUAUAUAUGCAAUUGUGAUCCCUCGUAUUCUAUCUCGUUUACAUUCUUAUAAUGAAUGAAUGCGUUUUAGAAAACAGUGAUUUAUGUAUUUCAUCUUAAAGACUAAAACACACGUCGUGUCGUACGUCCAGCUCAAGUACGCGGCAAUAAUCAUUGGAGUACUAGUGGGGCACAGCUAAAAUCGUAGUUGAAACGUCGUACAGUUUAGCAAGCUGACAACACUAUACCUGAACUUCAACGGGUUAUUAAAUUAGUAACUAUUUUCUGGAAAUUAUUGGACAAAUAAUCUUUUUGUUUUACUAAUCUUGCAGGGAAUAAAUUUCAGUCUAGGAGUUGCAACAGUAGACCCAGGCUCUUCAGCCUAUGAUCCUAGUCCUCUUAAAAUUUACAUGCAAGAACUUGGUGUAGAAUAUUUUUAUGAAGUUCAAGGUAAACUCGCAAUAAAACAACUCUUUUAACUCGCAUUCAAUUCUUUAAUCCACUUGCAUUUUGCCCCAAUAUGAGCAUAUAUAUAAUUAUACCUUGAACUGAAAGUUAAAUUGUUUAAUAUCUUUUCGUAUGUAUAAUUUUUUAUGGAGAUCAUACAUAUAUACCAUGCCACACCCAUGCAAUCGUAUACAUAAUAAUCUGAGUUCAAUCUUCCUUUUCAUUGGUCGACGCCGCAAUUUUCCGUUUCAGUGACGUAAUAUCUAGCUUUAAAAGCCAAUCAUAGCUCAGUAGUACCAACUGAUUGUGUGCGUUGUUUGGUCAGAACACGUCAAAUGUGUUCCGUCGCGAUUCAAAGCCCCAAAUCCUUACGGCGCGUGUAACAUUUUUGUUUUUACUACGUUAUGACGUCAUACUGUGUGUCUAUUUCUAAACAGACAAUGGCAAAGUGUUAUCUAUUAGUUAAGUGGCUCAAUUCGCUCAUGUAGUUGGUUAUUUAUAGUUUAUUUUGAGGGAAAUUAGGAACAAUUUUAAGGAACAAUUUUAAAAAUUGGAGUUUGGACAAUUGUACCUCCCAAGGGCGAAAUUAACUUGCAUGCAAGAAAUAUAAUGCAAUAUGUCUAAGCAGUCGAAUGAAAACGCAGAAAAUAAUGCAGGAUGUGUGCCUUGUCAUUUAGGAAUUAUUAAACAAGCAUCGGAGCUGGCUGUGUGUGAGUCGAUUUGUAGCUUUUGCUCCCGGAUGAAGAGGGGUCGUCUGUACGCAUGCGCACGACGUCAUGGAUAUAAUGUCCUUGCUAUUGGUCAACAUCUGGAUGACAUCGCUGAGAGGUUUUUAGCAGUUUGUUAUUUCACCCGCUCACCUAACUACAUUUUCAAUAAUAUUGACUUUUAAAGGCCUUGUUAUAUUCCACCCCUCGAGAUUUAAUCGGGAGUCUCUCGAUUUAUGAACCUCAGAAUAACCUUUUCCAGAAUAAUCCACUAUCAUUAAGCAAAAUGAAAACUUUCUCGUUAAGAAUGCAUGUAAAGCAUUGUCAACAAAAGAAUGUAGGUGAAGUACUCGAUUAUCGCUGAGACUAUGUCAACUUCGUCCCCAGGCUCCUCUACGCUCCUACCUCGCUGGUCUUAAGUCUUAAGGCGGUUUUCCAGUCCUCGCACGAAGCUCCUCGCUGCGAGUGCUUGCAUCUAAUUAAAAUUAACGGUUUAGCAUUGUGAUUGGAUGAAAGUGCUCAUACAUCACUCGCAGCGAGCUGCGAGGAGCUUCGUGCGAGGACUGGAAAUCCGCCUUUACCCACUGAUCGGACCCCCAUGCACAAAAGGGGGGAAAUGGGAACGAAGUUGAAACCAUUUAAAAGUAGUAACAAAAUUCCAACAACAUUUAAAAUAAAUUCUAUAAUUACCGAAUAUAUUCAUGAAGAAAAUGCAAGUUUUGAAACAUGAACAGCGACAUGAACAGCGACAUUGCCAACCUUCCGUUUUCCGGCUACCUAAAGGCGGUUUUCCACUAGGCGAAAUUCGCCUAGUGGAAAACCGCCUUAACGUUGAAACAUCUGCCGAAGUUCUACGAAAUGUCAAAGUGAAUGUUUGUAAGUUGCGUUAGAAAUGCAUUGACCAAAAUGGGAGUUUUGAUUGAGCGACUGAUCUGAUGUAGGGGGGAAAUAUAUAAGCUUCUCUAAAAAUUAGAUUAUUAGGACACUGGCCUCUUUUUUUUGUUUUUCUAGCUUUUUAAUGUCAGUGUUUCACAAUGGACUACUAAGAACAAUGAAAGCGAACUAUUAUGUGAGGUAACCAGCAAACAUUUUAUCUUACUGCUUAACAAAUGGUCAUGUUGUUGUUUACCAUAAAAUGCUACCUGUUACCUGAAUAUUUAUGUAACUAUAUUCAUAUACCUUUUUUAAUAUUACGGCGAAAUGUUUUUAAUUAAUUGAUUGAAUGAUUGAAUUAUUUCGUAAAGUAAAUAAUAAUAUAGUGAAUACAUAAAACAAUAUUUAAAAAUCGAGCUUUCGGACAGGGCUCGAUAAUUAAAUAAUACUAUAUUAGUAAAACAUAAACCACAACGAAAUUAAACUAGCUAACUGGUAUAACAUAAACUCUUGAUUGAAUUAUUGGUUCAUAAAACGAUAAUAUACUUGUAUGUGAUCUUAUCUGAUGUAUUGGCAUGUAUCAGGGAUUAAUACAAGCACUUUUCUACUGCCAGUGAAGCCUGGUUCACAUCUGCCUGCGGUAUGCCUGCGCUAUCAUUGCUUACAGGUGUUGAUGCAUACAUUCUUUUGUGAAUUUAUUUGGUUGAACUGCUAACGACAAUAGCCCGCCCGCAGAUGUAUAUGUGAACCAGGCUUUAACGGUUGUCAAAACUCAAUCUGCAAUUGAGUUUUGAAACUCGAUCUUUCUCCGUAAUUAUACUUUCACAAUGUGCUUUGAAAAAUUGAGGCAAAUGUGAAAAAUUAACUGUAAAAGGAAGAAAAUACUUGACCGUUAUGUAUUUUUCAACAUGCCAUUAAAAACCGUUUUAAAACGGUUUCAUUUCUGUUCAAAAGUGUUUCUGUUGCUGGAAAUGUUAUUUCACAAAGACCAAAUCAAGAAUUUUCCGGGGGGUUGGGGGUUUUGGUGGAAGUAGGGAAGUAUUCUCCUUCUAAAACUCAAUCUUCUUCCCUAAAAACGGCAGUAGACUAACAUGCUCGUAUUAGUCCCUAGCAUAUAUAUGCUUGCGUCAGUUUCGAAAUAUUUUCUAGUGAAAAUGAUCUGAGAGUUAUUCGUCCUAUGACGUACGUCAGAGAGAAAGAUUUAAGGGAUUUUGCAGAAAAGGUAAAUAGUUUAUCAUGAUGGCAAGUAUUUCUUUAAUUCAAAGAUUAGAACCAUAGUGAGAUUAUUUUUGAAAAUGUCGGUUCUGUCGAGAAACAAUGUUGUCUGCCAUUACAGAAAUGUUGUUGCAUAAUUUCUCGACAGCCACAAUGUGAAAACAUGGACACAUGGUCUUCACGACAGCCACAAUGUGAAAACAUGGCCUUCUCGACGUUUCGAGCUACGGACCUCUCACCUGAGUCAGCAGUGGCGGAAAUUCACUUUUUCCGGUGGGGGCCCCAAAAACCUUCAAAUUUCCUUGUUUUUAGGUCAAAAUUUCCGAAAAUUCGGCAAUUCCCCCUCCCCACUGAGAUUUCCGCCACGGCUGAGUGGGAUGAAUUAUUUAUGUGUUCACGUGACUGUAAACACGGCGUCUUGAAAAUAUUUUUUGUCGUAAUUAAACAAGCUGCACCUUGUAUUACGACUUUAAUUUUUUAUAUCUAUAUUACUGUUUAUUUUUGGUUUGUAUUUUCCAACUAUGCCGUUCAGUACCAAAAUCGGCAUAAAAUACCAUCUCAAACUCAUUAAUAAUUCAUAACUAAAUUAGCCAACCAUAUUGCUUUGUUUUGCUCACAUGAUAAUACUGGAUACCUGUAUUACCUGGUGAAGUAUAAUGAUCCAGUCCUAGGACUUGAAACCUAGUCCAGUCCUCGUAGUCGGAUUUGAAAUAUUACAUCCUGGUCAGGUUGGAUGAAGCUUCAUGUUUCCCACUUGACUGAAAUCCCACCCAGCGCAAGGUGAGAUCUCACCCAUCCAGGCUGGAUCGUUUCUCAUAUGAACACAUUGAAUUUUAUAUGCGUUAACAAAGGGCAUGCAGAUCUUACUCAGAUGAGUUUCUCGGUUAGUUGCGCUCAUAUAUGAACAGGUCCUAAGGCCCUUGCGUUCUUUGUAUUUUACACCGUGGCCAAUAUAUUUUUAAAUAUUGAAGAAAAAGAUCAAUGUUUUUUUCGACACACCUUAAGGCCGUUAUCCACUAGGCGGAAUUUUCCGCGCGGAGCGGAAUUUCUCUUGUCUUUUCAAAUUAGUUCCACCCGAGAAAUCACAAGACAAAGAAAAAUUCCACUCCGUACAGAAAAUUCCGCCUAGUGGAAAACGGCCUUUAGUAAGAACGUUGUGACAACAGAUCGUAAUGAAAAGUGUAGAAAACUAUAGGGCACAUGGGGUUGUUUGCUAAGCAAUUGACGUCCUGCAAUAAUGCAUGCUUGUGUAUUUUUUCUAGUUUAAACUUCCAGUGAUCGCUGAAAAUUGCCCUGCUUGUUUCGAAGCUCCAAAGGUUUGUAUUGCUUAUCUCUACAAAACAUUGUUUCGGGGGGGGGGGGUCUGGAGGAUGGAGGGUGGUAACAGAUAAAUAAUUGGUGUCGUGUAGCAAAAAAGGUCACAGAGAUUUUAACAGGUGCCGCUGAUGGUUUCGACCCGAUUUAUAUUAACUACGUUUUCACCAGACUUGUUGCAGGGAUGCCGUCAUUGGCCAACGUCAUUGGUAAUCUUGUAUGAUAUAGUUACAGUUAUCUCUCAUAGUGAUCCAAAUUUAUACGCCAGGCUUCUGCAUGGGAAUGCCUUUGACUAUACACUAGAAAAAAAAUAGUGAAAUUCAUACUAUGGAUGGAUAUACACUCAUACGUGUGGAUAUACACUCAUACGUGUGGAUAUACACUCAUACGUGUGGAUAUACACUCAUAGUAACAUCACAAGCAUCUUACAUCCAUAUUGUUUCCAUACUUUAUCCAUAGCAUAUCCAUAUUGUUUCCAUACUAAAUCCAGAGUACAUCCAUAUUGUUUCCAUACUAAAUCCAGAGUACAUCCAUAUUGUUUCCAUACUAAAUCCAGAGUACAUCCAUAUUGUUUCCAUACUAAAUCCAGAGUACAUCCAUAUUGUUUCUAUACUAUAUCCAGAGUAUGGAAAUUGCAAUUAGUAUGAAAAUUGGAUUUCCAACGAAGAUCUAUACUAUUUCCAUAGUAAGGAUUUUGAAAAAAUUUCCAGUGAUAACGAUAGUUGUUUGGUAAUAUAGAGGUUCAGAUUUGACUUCCACUACCAGGUUUAAUAUCAGACAUAUUUGCGCUUGCUUCUCUGGUUUACGGUAAUGAGCAUUGUUAGGUUGUAAACGAGUUAAUAUAGAGGUUCAGAUUUGAGUUCCACUACCGCUACCACUACCUCUAACUGGCUUAGUACGCAUCUGAUUGGUUAAUCGAAUAUAUCAAACGCAUCUGAUUGGUUAAUCGAACAUAUCAAACGCAUCUGAUCGGCUGAUGGUCCCUUAAUGGUUGCCGCGUGAACGAACUCUCUCCCCCGCAGAGCCCCUUAAGUAUUUGCAAAUAACUUACACGAAGUUUCCAGACGGAGUAAAGCGAGCGCGCUGGCAGUGAUGGGAAUGUUCGCUCUUCCCGUCACUUCCUGCGUGCUCACUUUUCCCUCACUAGAAACUUCAUGUAAGCCUCUGCGGAGGAGAGAGAUGAACGAACAAACUUCAAAACCAGGUAUAUAUUGUGAACAUAAACACUUAACACGACAAAUAGUAGUAUGAGGCUUCGGUGGCGCAAUCGUCAGAACAAGCGUCAUUCACCUCUUGAGAUUGUGGUUCGGUCCUCACAUCGGACCAUAGACAAUCCAGAAGACAUUCUUCAUGUCUUCUGGAUUGUCUAUGAUCGGACUAAUGACCCUUAUGUGAAAAGAGUCAGUAAACGUUCUACCGAAAGUCGUGGGUUUCUCCGGGUACUCCGGUUUCCUUCCACAAGGAAUGUUGACAGGGUGGGUUGGGGUUAUCCCCCUAACUGACCUUUCCAUCGCAGCUGUGCUCCAUGAUUAGAUAUGAGUCAUAAGAUGGCUGCCAGAGGCGCCCUUAGGAAGCCUUCGACUCGAUCAGGUUGAGCUGGCGUCCUUCGCAAUUCAGCUUAGCUCUCAGCUGCAAGUAAGAAUGAUUAGCACACCCCAUGCACUUAAGCCUGGUUUCCAUAUUGUCGUAAUGCUCGUAAAAAUACAAUCACGAUCUUUCUCGCCAGUUUAUAAUAGUUUAUUCCUGUAAACCACAUAUAAAUCAUAAGUAUUCUCUAGUUAUAAACACUGCGCGUAUUUUCAGCUCUAAAAUGUUGUAUUUCGGCUGAUGAGAAAGAUCGUGACUCAAUCUUUACGACCGUUACGAUCAUAUGGAAACCAGGCUUUACUUACUGACCUGUCUAUAUCAUUGUUCAUACAGGAGCGCCAUCGAGUGAAACAAUUGCUUGCAACGCAAGAAAUUUUAUUCCCAAACUUGUUUAAAAGUAUCCAAUCAGCCUUGAAGCCUUUAAUGGCAAGAAAAAGAACUCAAAUGGAAAACAAGGAGUCGUCCACAGAUGAACUGUCCUUUCUAUGUAGGUGACCAAGGUUUGAAACUUUAAAUGGUUAUAUGAUGCGAAAUGAGGUAUCUUUAUUAUAUGAGGUAUCUUUAUUUAUAUUCUUAUUGAAAAAUUACUUACUUAAAUUUUCCGCUAUUGACGUCAUAUUCAGACUGUCAUAUUGGAAAGGGCUUAGCUAGAACUUAAUAGAUAAUAUGCAAAAGAUUAAAUAUUAGACAAAAAGUAAAGAAUCGUUAAGGUAUGUUCAAAGUAAAAUUGUUAGUCCAACAAUGUCGGACAAAAUUUGGAGUUGUUCAUAUAUGAGCCGGGCCAGCUCGCGGCUAUCCGGGUUGAAUCAUGUUAUGUUUUUUCCUGACCUUGAAAGAUCGUUUGAAUGAACUUUAUAUUGUUACUGGAAUCAAACUAAGCUCAAUCAACUUUGAAAUAUUAUUUUGGGUGUUGAUCAAAGCCGUGAUAAGAGCUUUAUUAAACGAAUCAUCCCGGUUAACCCGGCCAGCCCAGCUCCAUAUGAACAGCCCAGCUCCAUAUGAACAGCCCCUUGGAUAUAGAAAUUCUGAAUAAAGCCCAACCUGCUCCAACUCGAUUUGUUCCGAUUAGUGAUCAUGUAUUGUUGAGUUUAAACAUAAAGCAUGAAUACGGCAGCUUUUACAAUAGUAUUUUAAUAAAGACAACAUACUUAAAAUACAAUGUACUUAACGUACCAUCUUAUAAAUAUUAAAAUUUUGUACAUUUAUAGACUAUAAGAGCUCUAAAAUACAACAAUUAUAAUUAUUAUAUACGUUAUGUAUAAUGAAAUUUACGUGGUAAUGAAGUAAUGGAAAUGUAUUGGAAUGGUCCCGUUUGCUAAAAUGUUAUGUCAGUUUGACACAUAUAGCGUAUUAACAUGACUGGUCAAACUUGCAACUUCAAUAAAAUUAUACAUUUCCAACUGCAUGAAAUGCAUAGUCAAAAGACUUGGAAAAUAACAGGUCAAUAAUAACAGGUCAAUAAUAACAGGUCAAUAAUAAAAGGUCAACAAUAACAGGUCAAUAAUAACAGGUCAAUACUAACAGGUCGAUAAGAGUGCAUGCACUCUUGCAUCCGUCCAAAAAGUGCAGUUUAAAACAAAAGCUGCACAUGCAUGUGCAUCCAGGCAUCAAAAACUGGCAAUUUACAAUACCGUCACUAUAAAUACUUCUACAGUAAGUCGUAAGCUUUCACAUGAAAAGCAAGUAUAUACAAGUACCCAUUUUAUUAAGUACGAAUGCAGCAUGCACUAAGCGUUUUGAGUACUAAACAAGUUACUAUAAAAUAUGUUCGUUUAAACUUUCUAAAUAAGAAUAUAAGUUUGUUAAAAGUUUUCUAAAAAAAUUUGGUUUUAAAGGAACUUGUGUCUUCUUAAUUUUAAUAUAAUACAUCAAAGCAAUAUAUUAAGGUUUAGUUACUCCACUGAUGUGCGUUGUAUAGUUGUGAGUGAUUUAAUAUUUCUUCCCAAUAAUAAGUUUUUCAUCACUUGAAGAAUGGCUCAUGUAGUUCCAACCAUGUUCAAUAUGUCCUUUUUUAUUCACUUCAAAUCCUUCAUUAUGUUUCUUCAACUUGGUUUCCAAUGUAAUCAGUUGCUCGGUCGCUUCCUCUUCAUCGUCUGUAGUAAAGUAUUCUUCAGGGUCUUCAACCAGGCAGCAUUUCCUUCCUACUGAUAAUUCAGAUUGUUUUGGUCUCGUACGAUGAUCUUUGAUGUGAGCGUAAUUUGCUGCCAGAGUCAGCAUCAUAUUCACCUGCGUGAAAAGAUUAGGAAUAUUGUUGGUGUGCAUGCAGCCAUGCACUGUCAAAAGCAUAAACUAUCAUAGUGUGCUAGAUGUAAUAUUUGAAAACCGACUAUGAGGACUGGACUAGAUUUCAAG